AUGCCCAGAGCAGCCGACGUGGACUUGGUGGAGCGUGACCAAGUUACUCAUGGCACCAGCGGCGUGCAGCUUCAGGGGAUCAUCUUUACCCAAGGCACCACACCUGCUGUUGCCCUUUCUAUUCUCCUCACACCAGUCCUUUCGAAGCAUGAAAAUGGUUUUCAGGUUGGAAUGAAAUUAGAAGGCUUUGACCCCUGACAUCCAUCUGUAUUUUGUGUGCUUUCUGUAGCUGAGGUGUGUGGUUACUGUCUAAGACUUCAUUUUGAUGGUUAUUUAAGCUGCUACGAUUUUUGGACCAAUGCUGCUUCCCCUGGCAUUCAUCCAAUAGGGUGGUGUGAAAAGACCACACAUGAAUUGCACAUCCCUAAGGGUUAUAGAAAAGAUAAAUGUUUUUGGAUGGAUUACUUGAAGGCCUGCAGAUUGCAAAAUGCUCCCAAGAAAUUAUUCAGAAACAGAAGUUGUAUGAGGAUUCGGGUGGGAAGGAAGCUGGUCGACAGGAAGAGCCCUUCCUCGGGGUGUGUGGUGACCAGGGAAGAUGUUGCUGAAGGUCGCUUCCUGGUGCACUUUGACAGUCGGGAUGACAGCUGCGAUUACUGGUGUGGUGUAAACAGUCCUUACGUCCAGCCGGUUGGUUGGUGUCAGGGGAAUGAAAGCACUGUGGUAGCACCCCAAGGCUAUCCUGAUCCAGGAAAUUUUUCCUGGACAGACUAUCUGGAAGCUACUCAAACUAAUGCAGUUCCUGCCAACGUUUUUAAAAUGCAGUUGCCUCACAGUUUUCUGCCAACUGUGAAACUUGAAGUUGUGGAUAAAUGAAACCCCAGGUUAAUUCAUGUUGCUACGAUUGUGGAUGUUGAUGACCAAAGAAUAAAGGUUCAUUUUGAUGGCUGGGAGCACAGAUAUGAUUACUGGAUGGAUGCCAACAGCCCUGAUAUUGACCCAGUUGGAUGGUGUGAUGUAACAGGUCAUCCACUGGAAGUGCUGUGUCGAGCAAAUGAUGUGAAAAUCCUUCCAGGUCAAGCUGUUUGUCCUACUCCAGGGUGCCAAGGAAUAGGCCAUAUCUGUGGUCCACGGUAUUAAGGACAUCACAGUGCUUUUGGCUGCCCGUAUUCAGACGUGAACUUGAAAAAGGAGGCAACUCUUCAUGAUCGUCUGAGAGAACAAACACAGGCAAAUUUGGAAUCAGACUCUUCUCAUUCAAAAUCAGAAAACCUCUGUAGUUUGAACUUCAGUGGGAACCAUGAAAAGGUGAACAGUCAGCCCAGACUUGAACAGCAGACAAAGUGUUUGAAAAUCAAAGGAAAAGAAGAUAUUGACUUGGAUAAUCUCUUCAGCAAACACUCCGCGGAGCAGACGCAGCAGGCGCUGCAAGUCUUCAGGUUGUCCAUGUUGGUUCACCCUUUCCGGGACCUUCCCCUGGGCAGGGAGCAGCACUGCAAGCUGCUUCCAGGCGUGGCUCAUAUCCAAGUAGGCGAGGUGGCCCAAGGGACAGCGGAUGAGGCAGCUGAGUUUGUACGGUCUCUUCUGGGCUGUGAAGAGCAUGCCAAGAGCCUCAGGAAAGAGCAUAUUGACAGCAAAGCCUUCCUGCUUCUGACACAGACAGACAUCGUCAAGGUGAUGAAGAUCAAACUGGGCCCAGCACUGAAGAUUUCUGCCUCCAUCCUCAUGUUCAGGAAUUCCCAGGACCUCCCUGAGGAGGACACUGUCUCAGGCCCAGAGUCAGGGGAUAAUGGCACCACCAGAACUGCCGUGGCACCAGCAUCUUGUUCUCUCUGCAAUAAAAUUGGCCCACAUUAA